GAAUUUUUAUGUGCUUAAAGUGAUGGCUUUCUAGGAAAGAGAAUACAUAUACACACUAGGACUACUCUAACUUGCUCACUCAACCAAUUAUUCGUAGAAAGAUCUGAACACAAGAAUUUGGAGAGUCAGCAAAUCAUGAUCAAAGUUUAGUUACAUCAUUGAAUGAAUGAGAAAUCUACCUCGUUUCAAUGGUGUUAAUUUCUCACUUUCCAUUCAAAGUAGAUUAAACACAAAUUGUGCAAAACAAUCCAUGCAAAAGUUAUACAGGCUGCAUUGAAAUUAAUGUGAGUGGAUAACUUAAAUCCACACACUUAAUAAGAAAAACUACAUAAAUUUAGUCUGUAACAAUUACUUAACUAGUUUGUUAAUUUUACAAUUGUUUUGUGGUUAUCGAGUUCAUCAUCACCCUCUUCUAGUAAUAUUAAUAACCAUUGAUAAUGCAAAGCAUACUAAUUAGACAUCGAGAGGCUAUUUCACUUCAUCUUAUCAUAAUCUACUUCUUAGUAUACAAAAUAACGGAAUCUAUGCUACAGUAUGGUACUCGUAUCAAUGUCUAUUCAACUGUUUGCAAAGCGUUAACAAGCCAACUGAAUGAAUCUCUUGACGAGUUAUGUCAUCAUCGGAAUAAAAAUAAAAAUCUUCAAUCAUCAUCAUCAUCAUCAUCUUCUCCUUUCACUGCCAAUCAUACAGAGUCUGCUCCAGCAGACACGGAAAUAAAUGGUUCAACGAUAAUGUCACCUGGAUCUACACUACACGCUAUAGAUAUUGAAAUUCAAUACCUAUCUGGACUAUAUCUGUUAGUUUAUCGACUUUUGCUGAAUAUACCUGCUGUGAUAUCAUGUUUAUUCUAUGGUUCAUAUGCGCAGAAAAUUGGUCAUAAGUAUAUAAUGUUAAUCCCAUGUUUAGGAUCUAUAUCAGCCUGUUUCUUUUUCAUUAUCAGUCUCUCUUCAGACUUGAAGUUAAUUCCAGAUUCGAUUAUGCUAACAUUGAUUGGUGCUACAUCCUAUGGUGUCUGUGGAAAGAGUAGUGCAGUGACUAUGGGUGUAAAUAGUUAUAUUUCUGAGAAUAGUGUUACACAGAAACGUACACGUAUGCUUGCACGACUAUUGGGAAUGAAUUUUUUAGGACUUUCUUUGGGUACAUUAUUUCUUGGUGUAUUUUAUCAAUUCUCAAAUUAUUUUGAUCUACUUAUAUUUGUGAUUGUUGGAGAUUUAUUUGCUGUUUUAUUGAUAUUUUUGGCAACUUAUCUUAAAGAUGAUGGAAAGCUGUCAUCAUCGUCGACAGAAUCAUCAGCUAUCUCAGAAAUUUCAAAUGAAAUAACAUCUACCACGAGAGAAACAUCACCAUCAUCCUCUUAUGAAAACCAAUUACACAACGAUAAAACUGAUGAAAAUCAUAAUGAAUCGGGGAAUUCAGUUUACUAUAAAGAGAAUGCAUUAUGGUAUAAAAGAAUACUGUAUGGAAUAGUUGAACCAUUCAAAACUGUCAUAUCAUCAUAUACAUUUUUAUUUAAAAAACGCGACAACCAUAGACGCCUUUAUCUCAUCAUCAUACUUGUUAGUGUUCUCUUCAAACAAAUGGCCAAGUCAGGUGAACAAGAUGUUACUCUUUUAUACUUGACCAAUGAACCAACCCUACUGUGGAGUGCUGAACUCUACGCUUUCUAUACAUCACUAUAUUACAGCUUAAUGUUUAUCCAGUUAAUAAUUCUAUUGCCAAUAUUGGAGAAGAAAUUUGCAUUUCGUGAUACAACACUAAUAUUGAUCGGUCUUAUUUCAGAGGCCAUUCGCCUUUUUGUUACUGGUCUAGUAAGGAAUACAGUAAUCCUAUUCCUCACAGCUGUCUUUGGAUCUAUGGCCAGUUUUAUUACGACAUGUACACGUUCACUAAUCAGUAAACUUGUUCAUGGGGAUGAGAUGAAUGCGAGUUUUGCAGUAAUUUCAAUACUGGAAACACUAGCUAAUCUUAUGGGUGGUGCACUGUUCACACUCAUUUAUAAUAAGUCGCUAUUAUUCUACCGGCCUUUUAUAUUUAUUCUAUCUGCUGUUUUGAAUAUUCCCCUGAUAUUUAUUUUCAUUUGGUUAAGAUAUAAACUGUUGAUUUAUGAAGUAUACAGUUCGGAACCUGAGAAAAUUUCAUCAAAUGAAGAGACCGUUGAAAACAAAUACGAAACUACGUCCUUAUAACAUGUGUUGUGUAGGCGUUUGGUGUUGGAAAUAAUGUCGCCUUGACUAUGUGAGGAAUAACAAAGCUGAGAAAGAGAAUUUCCC